UGUGCAGACAGGAAGCCUGAGUCAAGCAGCUGAUAAUCGGACUUGGCGAUGUUCGGGUGAGCCUCAGCUGCUGUUCUUUUUCGCUCACCCUGGCCUUUAACAACCCGUUCGAAAAUAAUUGACUUGGAGGACAUUAAAGUACACGGCGUCGACGUGAAUGUCUAUUUAGAUGAAGAUUUGAUUGGUUUCUGAGUGACUGAUGUGAGUUCGGGGUCUGUAGGCUGCUGCUGCUGCGGGCCGGCUCCAUGUUAAACGCUAGCUAGCGAGCUAACAAUGAAGGCCUAAUCCGACGUCGGUGGGAUUUAAACCUGUCCGCACCGGUCUGCGAAAACAGGACGAAUGAACUCAGGCAUGGCCUCACAGCUGCAAGUCUUCUCCCAACCAUCCGUGUCUUCCAGUGCCUUCUGCCGGGUGAAGAAGAUGAAGGUGGAGAGCUGUGCAUGGGACACGGAAGCCUAUGGUUCCUAUGGCUUCAACCCAGCUCCGGCUCUCCCCUUCAGCACCUCGGGCCUGGUCUUCCCGCCUGCCUCUCGCUGCCAAGUGGUAGUUCGAGCCGCAGACAGCACCGGCAGCCACGCUCAGGCCUGCCGGGUAUCCCACAACGUCCAGGCCUCGGAUCUCCAUGCCACUCGUGGCCAGAGGUACGGUGUGAAACGGAAGAGCGAGGAGGCAGUAAGGUCAGCGGGGGCUGAUAGUGGCAGUGGGAGUGUUCAGAUACUCGAGGAGCUUUCGGCUCCCGCCUUCUCCGCUCGCACCGCUGCUGUUGGCACCACGGCCCAGUCUAUCGCCCACUCUGCAACAACAACCAAAAGCAGCAGCUCAAACUCUGAAGGCGACUACCAGCUGGUACAGCAUGAGAUCCUUUGCUCUGUGUCGAGCAGUUACGAAGUGCUUGAGUUCCUCGGGCGUGGCACAUUCGGACAGGUGGCCAAGUGUUGGAAAAGGGGCACCAAUGAAAUUGUGGCAAUUAAGAUUUUGAAGAACCAUCCAUCAUACGCACGCCAAGGACAGAUAGAGGUGAGCAUCCUAAACAGGCUGAGCGCUGAGAACGCAGACGAAUACAACUUUGUGCGUUCCUACGAGUGCUUCCAACACAAAGGUCACACGUGCUUGGUUUUCGAGAUGCUGGAGCAGAACCUCUAUGACUUCCUUAAGCACAGCAAGUUCAGCCCAUUGCCUCUGCGCCACAUCCGGCCCAUCCUGCAGCAGGUGGCCACUGCACUCAUGAAGCUAAAGAGUCUGGGUCUUAUCCAUGCCGACCUCAAGCCAGAGAACAUCAUGCUGGUGGACCCUACCAGGCAUCCGUACAGGGUGAAGGUGAUUGACUUCGGUUCAGCAAGCCACGUCUCCAAAGCCGUGUGCUCGACUUACCUGCAGUCCCGCUACUACAGAGCCCCUGAAAUCAUUCUGGGCCUGCCUUUCUGUGAAGCCAUUGACAUGUGGUCGCUGGGCUGUGUGAUCGCUGAGCUUUUCCUCGGAUGGCCGCUUUAUCCGGGAGCUUCCGAGUACGAUCAGAUUCGCUACAUUUCUCAGACUCAGGGUUUGCCAGCAGAGUAUCUUCUGAGCGCCGGCACAAAGACAAACCGUUUUUUCCACCGAGGUCCUGAUUCCAGCUAUCCACUCUGGAGGUUAAAGACCCCAGCAGAACAUGAGGCAGAAAUGGGCAUUAAGUCUAAAGAAGCACGAAAGUACAUCUUCAAUUGCCUGGAUGACAUGAUGCAGGUCAAUUUGUCUUCUCACCUGGAGGGCACGGACAUGUUAGCAGAGAAGGCAGACCGGCGGGAGUUCAUCGACCUGUUGAAACGUAUGCUGCGGCUCGACGCCGACAAGAGAAUCACUCCCAACAAGACCCUGGCACAUCCUUUUGUCACUAUGAGCCAUCUGCUUGACUUUCCUCACAGCUCUCAUGUGAAGUCGUGUUUUCAGAACAUGGAGUUAUGCAAGAGGAGGAACAGCAGUUACGACAAUGGGAAAGCUCUUUUCGCUGCUAAUACUGUUUCUGGCACUGCAGGAAACCUGACUGUGACCUUCAGCAGUCAGUUAAACCAGAACAACCCGGUUCCCUCAGCCGGUGGAGCGGUGCCUCUCCUCAAUUACCAGCCAGCUCUUUAUCAACAGGCCACCAUAAACAUCCCCGGUCUAGCCCAAUCCAGCAUUCCCCUUCAGAGCCGCCCAUCACAGCUGUGUGGCCAAAGCGAGCCGUUCCAGCAGACCCUCAUUGUCUGCCCACCCACUACCAUACAGGGGCUUUCAUCUUCCAACAAAACCUCCAGCUACCCAGUCAGAAUGGAGAACGGUGUCCCUGUGGUGCAACAGAACCAGAACACACAGUCUCUCCAGAUUCAGCCGGGCAUGCUCACCCAGGGCUCCUGUACACCGCUGAUGGUGACCACGUUGCAUCCACAGGCGGCCGGCGUGCCCAUGGCUGCUCAGUACCCGCUGCCCCUGGCACUGGGCUGCGGGGCAGGAAGGCCUUCCCUCCUGGAGCAGACAGCCACCGUGCUGCAAGCCUGGCAGACGGGCACACAGCAGAUCCUCCUGCCCUCCGCCUGGCAGCAGGUACCAGGCAUGGCCCUUCAUGGAGCGGGAGCCGCAUCAACUAUCACAGACUCUCCACUGGAGACCAUUCUCUCCGAGAGUUCUUCUCAGCAGACGCCAACCUGGAGGGCUUCUCAUGGUACAGUUCUCCAGCAAAACCCUCACGUACUGGACUCUGCUCAGUCCCACGGCUGUGGAGUGUCCAGUGCUGCUCGGCCGUCACAGACCAAGAGGAACAGGGCUCGAGGUGUAGACAUGAGCAACAGCUAUCCUUCUUACCAUGCUGCCCUCUCCCAGCCAAUCAUCAUCUCAGACACUCCAAGCCCUGCCGUCAGUGUCAUUACCAUUCACAGCGACUCCGAUGAGGAAGAUGAGAGAAAGUAUCACCCUGCCAGCUGUGGACCCAGUCAGAGAGCUAACGUUAUCAGCUGUGUGACUGUGCUGGACUCGGAUUCCUCUACCGCAAGCCCUCUGACCCCUCUGCCCCGGAAUGGCAUUGUGGGAGCUCAGCCCUCACGUCUGGCAAAGUCUUUAGCGAUCGUGGUUCCGUCAGUUAAAAUGCAGCCGGCAGAAAGCUUAGUAUCUACCAAAGCAGCUCCAGGAGUGCCACACAGUUCCUACAUCAAACCGAAAAGGGUUUCCACAUGUCAGCCUUGUAGCUCCGGAGAGAGCGUUAAUCAUCAGGAAACCAGCAGAUCCCAACCACUCAACCUCAGCCAGACCACAGUUUCGUCAUCUCAAGACUCCACUAGCGGCUCGUCACUGCGGCGCCAGCAAACCUACCCACCUUCCUCCUCUCAGUACCGCCUCCAGGAAGCCGUGUCUUUCACCAGUGCUCCUGGCCUAUACCCGUACGCUGGGUCAGCUCCCCGGGCCAUGGAGCAGCUCCUCGUCCACGGCUCGUCCCCUUCCGUCCACGCUCCAGCCGGCCCCUACGCAUCUGGUUUGAUCCCCAAAGAGCCAGUAAGUGGCAUUGUCCAUGGAUUGGCUGCCCACUACCAGCAACAUUUCCCUGCCCACCCGUACGUGGGCGUGAACACCAGCACCACUAGAGGAAGUGGAACUUAUAGCGGCUAUCAGCUCAGUCCCGGGAGAGUUCCUCAGUAUCCCUACAUCUGAGGCUCGCCACGGAGAACCGAGUUCGGCAUAGCGACCACCUCCUCAGACUUUCCCCUCGCCGUUGAAACUGCUGCAACACCUUAACCUGCUAUUACCUAUUUAAUUGAACUAUUUUAGAGAUUUUUUUUUUUUAAGGUUGAUAUUUAGAAAUAUUCUAUUUUACCGUUCUCAGUUUGUAUCCUUCUUACAAAUUCCUGCUAUCAGUUAGGGCUAAGUUUAUUUUCUUAGCAAAAUGUGUGUUAGAAAAUGUGUUCAAAAUGACCUUCAUUAGCAGUAGAGGAACACUAUUAAAGAUGCUGACUCGUAGAGAAGACAGGAGGUCAGGAACAACGUGGCUCCCCUGCUUUUCUUGAUCUACUACUAAAAGUUCCACACUAACCCUGUAACCCACUUUGACCCCCUUUAGACUCGUUUUAAUGUCUUGUGUUAUGUCUAGGCCCUCUUUUAUAUAAUUUUAAGUUAUGUUCCCACUGUGUUUGUGUUUUACUUUAGUUGAAGCUGUGUACUGAAAUGACUGAAAAGAAGAACUGGGAUAAAAAAAAAAAAAAGAUGCUGAGUGUGUAUGGUGCCCAUGUGGCUCCAUUAUUUAAGUCAAGACUUAAGUGUUAGUUAAUCCCAAGGCAAGGUAAAAAACUGUAGGACGUAUGUUGUGAACGUAUAACGAUAGAUUUCGAACGAUUUCCUCGUUUUGUCUGAAGUUGUUUAUAUCUUAAUGAAAUCCAUUAAUGCCUCUUGAGGUUUUUUGUUUUUUGUUUAUUUUUUGGAGGGGGUGCUUUAGAACUGUGAUCAUGUCAAAGGCAAUGAAAAAUGUACUGAUGAAUUUUCCUUCAGGAAAUCAUGUUGAUUCUUUUGCUGAAUUGAUGUGCUGUGGAGACUCUAAUGCUAUUAGGAUGAGAACGUGUUUAAAAAAUUAAAUAUCUAACACCAAAAAUUACGACCUAUCAAAGACCAGGGCACAAUGUUUGAUCUUUUGAGCAUGCUUUUAAUGACACCUAGGAAAGAACAUGUUGCAAUCAGUGGUGGGGCACGUUGACUUUAUUUGGUGACAAAGAACUGGCUCAGCGUGCAGAUCCUCUGCUCAGAAGAACACUAUCUGAACUGUAUGGUCUUACUUGUUCUGCUCUCUGUAAGAUGAUGUGCCUUGACUUUCUCUCCAUGUUUGGCAGGUGAUUUUCAAAGUCAAGAUUACAUUUUCACAUAGACUACCUGAAUACUGUGUGCAUUUUGUAAUGUCAAAUUACGUACAACAUACGUCGGAAAUCCUUCGCUGUGAUACCAUCGAAUAAACGACACAAUUCAA